UUUUGAAAACCUCCAGUGAAGAAGCUUCCACAAAUUUAAUGGAAAAGGAUUUAUAUAUGUGUGAUCCAGGUACUGAAAAAUACCAAUAGGUUGUUUGCACACACUCAAGGUGUUAAGGCUGGGCCACUACUAUUAAAGAUGAUAAACAGUGGACAUACAGUACUACAAAGAUAUUUGCAGCAGCUGAUCCCUAUGGCAGCCAGGGGACUGUUGCACACGAAAAACUCACGUCUUUACAAUAUGAAUUGUUUCUGGAUGAUUAGAUUUUCAACAGAGAUUGUGCUCAGACCUGUGUCUUCUAGGCACUUCUAUCUGAAGACAGAGAGUGCUAAUACAGAGUCAUGCCAGGAGAAUGGCAUUCUAGUAAACAAUCUGACAUGCAUGGGAGUGGAUGUCAAAAUGGUGAGAAGGCGACAACCUGGAAUUCUGAAGAAGCUGAUCACAAAUGAAGAGGGCCUCAAAAGGUUUCUGCAAAGCAAAGGGGCUACUAAUGAAGUCAUUGCCAGCAUCAUCUCACGUUAUCCACGGGCCAUCACGCGUUCCUAUGAGUCUCUCGAAAAACGUUGGGAACUUUGGAGAAGUAUUUUGAUGACUGACUUGGAAAUUGUAAAUAUUCUGGGGCGUUCUCCUGAGUCCUUCUUUCGUUCCAGUAAUAACAUCAAUAUGGAGAAAAAUAUUACAUUUUUCUGUUCUCUUGGGCUAACCUCUAAACACCUUUGCAAUAUGUUGACCAGAGCACCUCGGGUGUUUUCUAACAGAGUGGAGCUGAAUAAGCAGAUGACUGACCUCCUGCAUGAGAUCUGUUUAUCUUUAGGUGGUGAAAACCCAAAUGAUUUUGUGAAGCACAUCAUUUCUAAAAAUGUCUUCAUUCUCCUGCGGAGCAGCAAGCAAGUGAGCGCAAACAUUGAGUUCCUGCAAUCAUCUUUCCAUCUGAGCAAUGAGGAAUUACUAGCUCUGCUACAUGGCAGUGGAGCUACCAUUUUGGACUUAUCUAAUGAAUAUAUCAAAAAAAACUUUACAAAUGCUAAAGAGAAGCUGUUAUCUCUUGGGUGCACUGAAAGAGAGGUGGAUGGAUUUUUCAUUAGCUAUCCACGAGUGCUCUUUCUUUCAUCCAAGACCCUCAGUGAUAAAAUAGAUUGCCUCUUGCAAGCAAAGGUUCACAUUAAACAAAUAGUUGAAACGUCUCACGUUCUGGCUGUAAGUAUCAGUACUAUAAGAAGCAAAGUCAAGGAACUGGAAAAAACUAGUUAUGACCUCAAAACCAAUGGAAUUGGCAUCCUUUGUUUAAGUAAAGAGAGAUUUGCAGCUAAAUUGGAAAAAUUACAUAGUGCACGGUGA